UUGACAUUAACGACCGUUUCUUACUGUAGGCUGCUCAUAAAUCAGUAGUUUCAGCCUCGUAAUGUUGGAUAUCCUUGCGCACGUUUACCCAUUUCCAUUGUAACGCGAUGGAACUGGAGAAGCGCUGAUCGUAGGCGUCCAUUGGAGCACAGCGGGCGCAGGACCACAUUAAAACAAAAGCGCCUUUGGAGGACAUCAAAGCCAUUUAAAGCUCUUUCUUCACUUCCAACGAGUGUGGAUCGCUGGAGCACAUACAGACAGUAUUGACCGCUCUAUGUACUUCUCACGUUGCUUGGAUUCAAGGCUUCGGAGGACAAUUUCGAUCAAAACAACGAAAAAGAGAGGACAUUCAUCAAUAUACCAGUCUAUAUGCAUAAAGGACGUCAGUAAAAUAUCUUUCCUUCAGGGGUCUUGGAGCCAUUUCUUUCAUGUAUCAACAAUAAUUUCUUUUAGCUCAUUGGAGUUUUUUUCUUCUUCUGGAAAUAUGGUUUAGCCUGUUAACGGUGACAGAUCGACAACUACACGAACACUAUGGCUGCAGUGAUGAAUUAUUCUCCACCGUGGUGGGUUAACCUUUUCCAUCGCCUUCCCCACUUCAACCUACAAUUUCAACUGACCAGCAGCGAUUUCCGGCCGGAGGACUCGGAGUAUCAAAAGUCUGUGUUGUUGCUAGGUGCAGUGGCGUUGGUGUGUUUGGCAUUGGACCUCCUCUUCCUCCUCUUCUACUCCUUCUGGUUGUGCUGCCGUCGCAGGAAGAGCCAGGACUCGCCCAAUGCGGACUGCUGCUGCACCGCUUGGUGUGUGAUCAUUGCCACGCUCGUGUGCAGUGCUGGCAUUGCAGUCGGUUUCUAUGGAAAUGGCGAAACAUGCGAUGGUGUGACACGACUGACAUAUUCCUUGCGCCAUGCUAACCAAACAGUGGCAGGCAUCGACAAACUGGUAUCAGAAAGCACCAGCAGUCUGAAUGAAACCCUGCAGGAAGGUUUGGUGCAACUGGAGACUGUGUACUCCAAACAUACAGACUACCUGUCCAUUGUCCAGAAACUACAGGGACAGCUUGACGAACUGAUCAAUCUGAUGGUGGAAGUGCCUUUCUGGAGCAGUACAGAUCUGUCACUAGAUCACCUGGCAUCUAUCACUGAGCAGUAUGACUGGUACAGGUGGCUGGGAUAUCUGGGCCUUCUGCUCUUCGAUGUGGUAAUCUGCUUGCUCGUUUUGGCUGGUCUCAUACGCAACUCUAGAAGCAUCUUAAUCAGUGUUUGUUUGCUGGGUGUGCUGACAUUGAUUAUUAGCUGGGCUUCACUUGGAUUGGAGUUCUUUGUUGCUGUGACUGCCAGUGAUUUCUGUGUUGCCCCUGACUCCUACAUCACCAAAGUGACAAGUGGGAAUGCUGUUAUUAACCAAGAUAUCCUGCAGUAUUACCUGAAGUGCAACAUGGGGCAGACCAAUCCAUUUCAGCAGAAACUCUCUGGCAGCCACAAAGCUCUUGUGGAGAUGCAGGAUGAUGUUUCUGAGCUCCUUCGUUCAGCUAUCAGAGAAUUCCCUAAGACGAAGAGUAACCUUGAGGAAAUUCAGGUGGUGUUAAACUCCACUGAGGUCAACCUCCAUCAUCUCACUGCCCUGGUUGAUUGUCGGAGCCUACAUAUGGACUAUGUGCAGGCUCUGACCGGACUGUGUUAUGAUGGAGUCGAGGGACUCAUUUACCUGGUCCUCUUCUCGUUCGUCACUGCACUGAUGUUUAGCUCCAUCGUUUGCAGUGUGCCUCACACCUGGCAGAGCAAGAGGUCGGAGGAGGAAGAUGGCGAUGAGACUUCGGCCACGCUCGGCCUGCGAGCGCCGCACGAUAACCUGUACCGCGUGCAUAUGCCUAGCCUGUACAGCUGUGGCAGCAGCACCUACGGCAGUGAGGCUAGCCUCCCCGCUGCGGCACACACUGUCAGCAACGCACCAGUCACUGAGUACAUGAGCCAGAAUGCUAACUUUCAGACCCCUCGAUGCGAGAACACGCCACUCAUUGGCAGAGAAUCCCCCCCACCGUCAUACACCUCCAGCAUGAGGGCCAAAUAUCUGGCAACCAGUCACCCAGACCAGCCCAGGCCAACAGAAUUCCAGAACGGUUUGGACCCCAACAUGCGACUAGACCUAACCAGCCGAUCAGCUCCCAAUAGCCGACCAAAUUCUGCAAUCCACCGACCCCACUCUGCUAUACAUUAACCAUCUUCAAACACGGAAACCAAUAGUCAUCUACUUGUUUUCAACCAUUUAAGUCUCAAUCACUGCAACAGUCAGCGCUUAUUAAAUGAAUGAACUAUGUCAUUAAAGAAAUUCCCCAAUGUUGGUGCAGCUUAAAAGGAUAGUUCACCCAAAAAUAUUUGGGUGAACUAUACCUUUAACAUGGAAUCAGCCAUCCAAUCCUCUGUGGUCUGGUUUAAGCAUCACUGCAUACUUGAUCUAGCCCUGCUUUGGCUUUUUAAAAACCCCAUUCUGCCAAACCUCUAAUCAAACUGCCAUGUUUACCCCCCUAGUUUCAUAUGGUGCAUCACAGCAAGUACACUGCCCUCUUCUGGAGGACUACGCUCAGUUGUCUGCACAGUAACAGAAAAUCUAAAGCACUCCCAUACUGUACUACAGAGAGUCUCUCAGGGCAGCCAUAUUGGCAAGGACUGCAGGACCACAUUAACACAGCAGGAUAAUGGGUUAUACCACUGCCAUUUUACCAUGCAAUAUAUGUCACUAUGACAUUUGAUUUUAGGAUGGAUUUAUAUUUUUAAAUGUUUUUCAAAAUACACUGUUGAUUAUGUAGUUAAAAAAAAGGCUUUAAAAUGCAGCUUUUGUGCUUUAUCUGCAGUUCUUGGCAAUAUGGCAGCAUUAUGGACAGCCACAAUUCUAUGUAUCCAUCACUGCUAUUUGAUGUUAAAGGAGAUAUUAACUAGUUUACACAUUUUCAUGAAUUAGGUGCACAGAGUGUUUUUUUUGUGUGCAAAUUGUUACAUUUUUAAACUGAAAGAAAUGAAAAGCAUUAGAUGAAGACUAGUCAUAUCAGUGUCUAGUGCUUGAUUCUACAAAUGGUGCUGGGUGAUAUUCAUGAGAGCCGCCAUGUUGAGAUCAAAUUACCAACCUUAUAUUACUCGCUUUAACUCGAUAAUCCCCUGUAAUUGGAUGCUUUUACUUGUUGAAUUAAUAAAUCAUUGCCGACUGCGAAUUGCGCACUUCAUUAUUCGCAUUGGUUAAUGAGAUCUUUUCAGUGUGAUCUCAUGAAUAUUUUGUUACUGUGCCAUUAUUUUUGCAUAAUGAUAUUACGUGGUUCAUUACAUGUAUCGCAGCAUUUUCUAGAUGAAACGUCCACUGAGUGGCGCUAUAAGUGAGUAAAAAAGGUUAAUGCUCUAUCGAGUUUUAAAUGAACAAAAUCGACCUCACUACCUUAAAUGUAAUCCUAACCAGUUUUGUCGUAAAAGAGACUUUAUUGUUCAUCAGUACAUGUAUCCUGUUCAUUAGCAACGCAAAUGCAACACCCUAUCAGUUGAGCUACCAUUCAAUUUGAUUGUGCUCAAACAAGCUUGUAAAUGUACUUGGCUAUGUAAUGCAUCGCCUUACAUGUUAUGCGCUGUGUUUUAUGCUAAGUGAUUUGAUGUCAUAAGAUAGCAUUGUGUGAGGAACAGUGAAAAGUAAAUGUUUAUGACAUUAUUUGUAUAAAUGGGAAUAAGUCAUUGUUCUUGUAGCACCUCUUGUGUUCAUUUCACCAGGAAACCGCCGCGAUACAUACAAUGAGCCAUGUAAAAAUCAUUGUGCAAAAAUGUUGAUAUAGUAAUGUGAUUCUAUGGGACCAGAUUGGAACUUUUACUCUUGUGUAAAGCUGAAUCUAAGUCACUAGGUUUCAACAAAAAUCACUGAGUGCAUCUUUAACUUAAUCACACACUUGAAAUUCUGUGGAUUAACAGAAUUACCUGUCACAUAAGGCCAUUUUUUGUAUUGUACAGUGUAAUCUAUGGUGUACCACAGUGUGAAUUGACAGCCAUCAAGCCUUUGAGCGCUUAUGCACAUUCUGUAUCUUACUCUUGAAGGGAAACAAUCGCACAACACACUACCAGUGUGUGUUUGUGUAUAUGGUGUGCUUGACUUGUGCUUUAGUGAGUUUGUUUUAAAAUGGCACAACUCACAAUCUCUGCUCUUUGUAAAUAGUCAAUGUUUUUGUACUACAAAAUGUCUAAAUGAUCAACUCUGCAAGCUCAGUUGACUAACUAAUACGUCUGUGUAACAGUGCUUGCAUCUUUUGCCGUGGCUUAGAGCUGCUGUGAAGAAUACCUGUAUGAAACCUGAAAAAAAUGGUUAAUGAAAUCUGUUAUAAAAUAAUAGUACAUGUUUCGUAGACGUAUCACUUGAAUUGUGAAUAUCACUCGUGGGUGCUUGUGUGUACGUGCACACUUUAAAUGUGAAUAUUUCUAAUGGAGGAAAAUUCGCUCAGAGGAUAGGAAGAUUAAGGAAUACUUGGACAAAAAGAUAAAUGCCUCCCCACGUGUAAAUCUGUUUUCUGUGCUAUUCAGGCAUGUUGUUCAGUCUUCUUUACUGUUUUUUUUUAAGGCAUAUACUUUUUUGAUGAAUUCAGAAUCUGACUUGAUUUUCACCACAGUCAGCCUUUUUCUCAUUUCUAUUUCUACCUUUAUGGGGAUGCGCUUCUCUGUGGAGUUUAUGGCUUUCCAAUAUGGACAAAGACAUUAUGUCACCAAGAUCUGGAUAUUGGACGUCUCGCACUAACAGAACUUUUGCAGUUUGCUACCGAGACGCUCUUUCCCAUAAGAAAAAGUGCAAAAGGGGAGACAAAAUGGAAGAAAAUGUAAUUUGAAGGAAGUUCCUCCUUGUCAUGCGGUCACUCAAUAAGACUUGUAUGGAUGUAGUGUAAGAUAACCUAGCUGUCUUUAACAAGUGCAGUAUUGUUGGUUUUAUUUACUUUCAUCCAGUAUCAAGGCUAUUAGACGUUAUCAUAACACCUGUCAUAAGCAGCAAAAACACCUGAUGUUAGUAUACAAAAGAUGUGAUAUCUAAUGCCAUUAUCGAAACAUCCCACUCUUUGAUUCAUAAAUGUAGGAAUUUAUAGAUUCAUUUGUAUUAAUCAGUAUUAUGAUAUCAUCAUAAAUUGCAGUAGCAGGUAGAAAUGUCAUUUUAAACUGGAGAAUCCUGUAAGAUCUUUUGUGAAAUAUUUUAUGACUUUGUGACACCCUCAGCUGACUGAGGUUGCGUGUUGUUUGAAUCUUUUUUGUAACAAAUGUGGAUGAUGUGUUUGGAUGCCAACAGGAAAGGGCUUGUAUCACUAACCCUUAAAAUUUACAAACACACACAGGGCCGUAGUAAGGUAAUUUGGGCCCCCGGACUGUAUAUUGCUCUGGGCCCAUUUCCUAUUAAAAAAUACAGUUUAUAAUUUUUUGUGGGGUCCCCUGUACCUUUGGGUCCCAAGAAUCGCUACCACCUUUCACCCCACUAGCUACGGCCCUUCACACACAUGCUUUGACCAUGUAGUGUAAGAAAACCACCUAAAUUACAAUCGUAGUUAACACUCAUGCACAAAAGCAACACUACGAGUUUCACACAAACACACACAAAAAAAUAAAUAAAAAUGCACAGAAAAAGAUCUGUUUCAAACACUCAAAAGGAAAACACUUAAAGGGAUAGUUUACAAAAAAAAACCUGUAUGGCUUUGUUUCUACUGUGGAACACAAGACAUUAGCAGAAUAUUACCAUUCACUUUCAUUGCAUCCUUUUUCUAUAGAAAGUGAAGAAAUUAUGACAAAAUAUUUUUGUGUGAACCAUCCCUUUAAGUGGGUAAAAAAAUUCACCUUUCCAUUCUAAACACACAGUGUAAAACUGCACUAAAAUGUGUGCAUCUUUUACAGUAUUUACAUGUUAAAAAACACUAACAAUCAUAGAGACAAUCCAAAUGUUUGGGUCUGUAAUACAGUUGCAUGACUGAAGGGACCAUAAGGACAAAUUAUUUUCCGCCUUUAACGUUUUCAUACAGUAACUUUUCUUUCUGUAAAUAUAGGCCUACAUAAUUUUAUUUUCUAACUAAUCUUGUUAGCUUUCAAUUGUAUAGACAACAGGAAAUGAGCCUACUCACUCCGUUCUAAAUGUGAAUAAGAAUGAUUUGUCAUAAAUUGUUGUUUUGAUAACAAUUCUAAUGAUUUUUUCUUUUAUGUUUUUUUUCUUCUCAUUUGUGAUUAAGAUGUUGUACAUGUCAGAAAAUUUAUUUUCUGAGCCUGGAUUCAAUGUUUUAAUAAUAUAUUAAAAUUAACUCAUCUGCUGCAGGGUGGUGAGUAUUAGUGCCUGAAAACAGAAAAAAAAAGAAAAACAAUUCAAGGUAUGCAUGGCAUUGUGAUGGCUCUACACAAAAGGUUGUUCCUGGUAUUUUAUAGCUUAAAAUGUCAAGAAAUAAGCUAUAAAACAAUGCCAAAGUUCUUGAAGAUAAUCUGUAGGCCUACAUUUGUUUUCUUUUUAAUGCAUGAAAUCUAAGAGCAGGCUUACUAAAAAAGAAAUCUGUAUUUUGUAGUGUAUGGAAGUCCCAUGGAAACCAAUAAUUGGGGUUUGAUUUGGUUUAGGACAUAUGGUUAAUAAAAUAUGCUUUCCUGUUCACUGUAUUACAUAAAUUACAACUAACAACAACUCGCUUUUGGCGCCACCCUAUGGACAUUUCUCCUGAACAACACUUCCAGUUUUGGCCACUGAGGGCUGUUCGCCCUCUAAUGUAUUUCAAAGUCUGAAUUGUUAAGCAUUACCUGCACUGUAAAAAUUAAAAGAUACUUAUCAGCUGCCACAAUGGUUGACUCUCUGACUCUCAAAAUGUUUACCUCUUAAUCAACAACCUUUGUCAAGGCUCAUAUUUUAAUUCAGCUGUCAGGGAGGAUUGCUUUAAGGCAAGGGUCUUCAACAGGGGGUCCGCAAAUUAUAGUUUGAUCCACCAUUGGCAUUUGUAAUAAUCACUCACUCGCAUGCGAGAGAGAGGAGUAUGAUUUUUAGUCUGUCCACAUUCUGAAAUCCUUCGCAGCUGCAUGCCAAAUCUUAAAGUGUGACUAAACAGAGCUAGUCAGUAGAAGAGCGUGCCAGAAAAAACCAUUAACACAACCACUGCUCAUCACGAGCCACACACAUCGGGUUUAGCAGCGCUGCAG